AUGCAGCAAAUCUCGUCCCAACCCCCUGUCCCCAUUACCCCGUUUCGUCCGACCCGAGCCGGGCCGCACCGACAUCACUACCGCGGGUAUUGCUGGCGCCAGGGAGCGACCCUCGAAGAACAGAGGCUCCCCGCAGACACCGCACACCGCCGCUCGCCGCAGUGCCUCGUCGGUGAGUCGUCUGUCCAGCAGGGAGGUCUGCCACUUGCGCAGGCAUCCCAAAUGCACGAGUGCUGCAGUGCCACGGCAAGCACACGGAGACACCAGCUGCUGGUCACUGCCAACGCUCUCGGCGGCUUCCACUUCAUCGCUGGCUGCCUCUAA